GCAUUCAUUCCCUUUAAAGCUCUCAGUCAAAACGGUUGUCGUUGCGCUUUUUAUUUGAGUUUAAAGAGUGAAUUCAACAAGUCUGAAAUUCUUAAAUACAAAACUUUAAUGAUGGCGUGCAAUAAAUUCGUGACUCUAAGCAAUGACGAGAAAAUGCCCAUCAUUGGCAUUGGCACUUGGCAGGCAUCUGAUGAAGAAAUCGAAACCGCAAUAGAUAGUGCACUGGAGGCGGGGUAUCGUCAUAUAGACACCGCCCCUGUUUAUGGGAAUGAACAAGCUAUUGGGCGUGUGCUGAAGCGUUGGCUGGAUGCGGGCAAAAUCAAGCGAGAGGAGCUGUACAUUGUGACCAAACUGCCACCCAUUUCUAAUCGUCCACAUGAGGUCGAACCAACGAUUAAGAAAUCAUUGGCCGAUCUGCAGUUAGACUAUGUGGACAUGUAUCUCAUACACACACCAUUCACCAUUUGCAUUAAUCCCGAUGGCAGCUUUAAAAUGGACGAAGAGGGACUCAUGGAGGUGGAUAAAUCUACCAAUCUCGCUGCCACCUGGCUGGAAAUGGAAAAGCUGGUAGCACAGGGCUUGACCAAGUCUAUCGGUGUCUCGAAUUUCAGCAAGGAACAAGUGGAGCGUCUAUUGAAAAACUGUAAAAUUCCACCAGCCAACAAUCAGGUUGAGCAUCAUGUGUAUUUGCAACAACGCGAUCUCAUUGAUUUCUGCCAGGCUAACAAUGUAGUUGUCACAGCCUACUCGCCACUGGGUUCAAAGGGUAUUGCCAAGUUUAAUGCCCAAGCUGGCCUAAAGCGCGAUCUACCCGAUUUGAUGGACAUACCAGAGGUUAAGGAUAUUGCAGUUGCGCAUGGCAAGACGCCAGCUCAGGUGCUGAUACGUUGGAUUAUUGACACGGGAGUUGUGGCUAUUCCAAAGAGCACCAAUGCAGCACGACUCAAACAAAACCUGGAUGUCUUUGAUUUUCAGCUAAGCGCUGAUGAGGUGGCAAAGCUCUGUGCGCUGGAUAAGAAUAUACGCAUAUGUGACUUUGCAUUUUUCCACGGCGUGGAGCGUCAUCCUGAGUUUACGUUCAAAAAUCAAUACACUAACUAAGCUAAGGUUUUACAAACAAAAAGAAUUUUGUAUACUUAUGUUAUGUAAUAAAAGCACAGUUAUAUAUUUUCAUAGCA